CGCGCAGCGGAGGUUCUGGCAUCGUGGCCCCCUUUACCUUGCCAAGUCGGUGUGGCUGUUCCGCAGGGACAGCAGGCUGGGAAGAGCAGCUCCCUCUGUUCCCCAUGAACCAUGAGAAGCUCUGGCAGUCCCGGAAUGGUUCGACUAGCACCGCGAUGCGAAGGAGGAGCUGUAUGUGUACAGAUUAAAGCUCUGAAGGCUUUAGCGUGUGGACUCUGGGAGAUGACAGCAGGGACAUCACUGAGGUUACUAGUGCUGCUAUGCUGUGUCGGACUGCUGGUUGCAGCUGGCGAUCAGCCUUGUGGUGGAUUAGUUCAAGGACCAAAUGGCACAAUAGAAAGUCCUGGAUUUCCUUAUGGUUACCCAAAUUAUGCGAACUGCACCUGGAUUAUCAUUACAGGAGAACGGAACAGGAUACAGCUGGUAUUCCAGAUCUUUGCUUUAGAAGAAGACUUUGAUAUUUUAUCCAUUUACGAUGGUCAACCACAGCAGAGCAAUUUGAAAAUGAGGGUGACUGGCUUUCAACUUCCGUCCCCAAUUGUCAGCACAGGCUCAAUCCUUACACUGUGGUUCACCACCGAUUUUGCUGUCAGUGCGCAAGGAUUCAAGGCUGUUUAUGAAGUUUUGCCAAGUCACACAUGUGGCAAUCCGGGCAUCAUACAGAAAGGAAUCCUACACGGUUCCAGGUUUAACAUUGGGGAUAAAAUUCGCUACACGUGUGUCACAGGUUAUAUCCUGGAAGGUCACGCAAUACUGACUUGUAUUGUUAGUCCAGGAAAUGGAGCAUCAUGGGACUUUCCACCACCCUUUUGCAGAGCUGAAGGUGCGUGUGGCGGGACAUUGCGAGGUACCAGCGGAGUGAUUUCCAGUCCACACUUCCCAUCAGAAUAUGGUAAUAAUGCUGACUGCACGUGGACUAUCCUGGCAGAGCCUGGUGAUACCAUUGCACUCAUCUUCUCUGAUUUCCAGCUUGAAGAUGGAUAUGACAUCCUCGAGAUUAGUGGGACUGAUGCACCAACAAUAUGGCUGACUGGUUUCAAUUUGCCUUCGCCUGUCAUCAGUAGCAAGAAUUGGCUGCGGCUACACUUCACGUCAGACAGUAACCAUCGACGCAGAGGAUUUAAUGCACAAUAUCAAGUGAAAAAGGCAAUUGAGCUGAAGUCCAGAGGAGUCAAAAUGCUUCCCAGUAAGGACAGUGAUCACAAGAAUUCUGUCUUAAGUCAAAGUGGAGUUGCUCUGGUGCCAGCUGAUGUGUGUCCUGAUCCAGGAGUACCAGAAAAUGGCAAAAGAACAGGGUCUGAUUUUAGGUUGGGAGCCAGUUUACAGUUUUCAUGUGAUGACAGCUAUGUGCUACAGGGAUCCAAAAGCAUUACUUGUCAGAAAGUGACAGACACAUUGGUUGCUUGGAGUGACCACAGGCCAGUCUGCAGGGCGAGAACAUGUGGCUCCAAUCUCCGAGGACCAAGUGGCACCAUCACAUCCCCUAAUUAUCCAGUCCAAUAUGAAAACAAUGCUCAUUGCGUCUGGGUUAUCAGUGCUACAGACCCUGAUAAGAUCAUUAAGCUAAAAUUUGAAGAAUUUGACCUGGAACGAGGUUAUGACACCUUGACCGUAGGAGAUGGAGGGAAAGUGGGAGACACCAGGACAGUGUUGUAUGCACUCACUGGUUCGAGCGUCCCUGACUUGAUUGUAAGCAUGAGCAAUCAGAUGUGGCUGCAUUUACAGUCAGAUGAAACCAUUGGAUCACUGGGAUUUAAGGCUGUGUAUGAAGAAAUUGAAAAGGGAAGCUGCGGUGACCCAGGUGUUCCUGCUUAUGGUAAAAGAAGUGGGGACAGUUUUUUACAUGGCGACACAUUGACAUUUGAAUGCCAAUCAGCCUUUGAAUUAGUCGGAGAGCGGACAAUUUCAUGUCAACAGAACAAUCAGUGGUCUGGUAACAAACCGAGCUGUGUCUUCUCCUGCUUCUUCAAUUUUACCACACCGUCUGGCAUUGUGCUAUCGCCAAAUUACCCGGAGGAGUAUGGCAACAACAUGAACUGUGUGUGGCUGAUCAUUGCAGAACCAGCAAGCAGGAUUCACCUGAUCUUUAAUGAUUUCGACAUUGAGCCUCAGUUUGAUUACCUUACAAUAAAGGACGAUGGGAGUGCUGACUCGACAGUUCUUGGAACUUUCUCCGGUGAUGAUGUACCUUCCCAGCUGGCCAGCAAUGGGCAUGUCACCCGCCUAGAAUUCCAGUCAGAUCAUUCCACUACUGGGCGUGGCUUUAACAUCACGUACACAACUUUUGGCCAAAAUGAAUGUCAUGACCCUGGGAUUCCUGUCAAUGGAAAACGGUUUGGCGAUAUAUUCCUGUUGGGAAGUUCUGUGUCUUUUCAUUGUGAUGAAGGCUUUAUUAAAACCCAAGGAUCUGAGACAAUAACCUGUGUUAUACAAGAGGGAAAUGUCAUCUGGAAUUCUGCCGUUCCGCGAUGUGAAGCACCAUGUGGUGGCCAUUUAACAGCACCAAGUGGUAUCAUUCUAUCUCCAGGAUGGCCAGGAUAUUACAAGGACUCUCUGAACUGUGAAUGGGUAAUUGAAGCAGAACCACGGCAUUCUAUCAAAAUAACAUUUGACAGGUUUCAAACUGAAGUUAAUUAUGACACACUAGAAAUUCGGGAUGGGCCCAUUAACUCAUCACCUUUAAUAGGAGAAUACCAUGGUACACAAGCGCCCCAGUUCCUCAUCAGCACUGGCAACUAUAUGUAUCUUCUAUUAACUACAGACAAUAGCCGUUCAAGUGUUGGUUUUCAGAUUCACUAUGAAAGUGUCACCUUGGAAUUAGAUUCAUGCUUAGACCCAGGAAUUCCUGUAAAUGGGCGACGACAUGGAAACAACUUUUCAAUUGGAUCGACUGUGACAUUCAGUUGUUGCCCUGGUUACACAUUAAGUGAUGAUGAGCCCCUGAUAUGCGAUGAUAACCGUCAAUGGAACCACGCUUUACCAAGCUGUGAAGCUUUCUGUGGUGGCUAUGUUCGUGGUACAAGUGGAACCAUUCUGUCUCCUGGAUUUCCUGAUUUUUAUCCGAAUUCCUUGAACUGCACUUGGAUAAUUGAAGUGUCGCAUGGAAAAGGCGUCCAGUUGGUAUUUCACACAUUCCACCUUGAGAGUUCUCAUGACUAUUUAAUUAUCACAGAAGAUGGGAGCUUCACCAAUCCUGUAGCAAGGCUCACGGGCUCUGCCCUGCCUCCCACUAUCAAUGCAGGCCUAUUUGGAAAUUACACAGCACAAUUACGCUUCAUUUCAGACUUUUCAGUUUCUUAUGAGGGGUUCAACAUCACAUUUUCAGAGUAUGAACUGGAGCCUUGUGAUGAUCCUGGUGUCCCUGCUUUCAGCAGGAGAAUUGGGUUUCACUUUGGAGUGGGGGACUCGUUGACAUUUUCCUGCUUUCCUGGAUACAGACUCGAAGGUGCUACUCAAAUCACCUGUUCUGGAGGGGGACGGCGUGUGUGGAGUGCACCUCUUCCAAGGUGUGUGGCUGAAUGUGGAGCCUCCGUAUCAGCAACAGAAGGUAGUCUCCUGUCACCAAAUUACCCAGCCAACUAUGAGAACAAUCAUGAAUGCAUCUACAAAAUAGAGACCCAGUCAGGGAAAGGAAUCCACCUUCAAGCCAGGAUGUUUGAACUUCAACAAGGCGAUGUUGUCAAGGUGUAUGAUGGAAAAGACAACACAUAUCGUUCCCUCGGAGUCUUUACUGAAUCUGAAUUGCUGGGAGUUAUGUUAAAUAGCACAUCAAACCAUAUGUGGUUGGAAUUUAACACAAAUGGAACAGGGACCGGCCGUGGUUUUGAGCUAACAUACACAAGCUUUGAUCUGAUGAAGUGCGAGGAUCCAGGAACUCCCAAUUUUGGCUACAAGCUACGGGAUGGAGGGCACUUCGCUGACACUGUGAUCUUAUACAGCUGCAACCCAGGAUAUACACUGCAUGGCAGCAAUACAUUGACGUGCCUGAGUGGAGAUCGGAGAGUUUGGAACAACCCUUUACCAUCGUGUAUAGCGGAAUGUGGAGGCCACUUCAAAAGUGCGACUGCUGGGAGGAUUCUGUCUCCUGGCUACCCAGCACCAUACGAUCACAACGUCCACUGUACUUGGAUUAUCGAAGCUGAUCCAGGAAAAACUGUCAGUCUUCAUUUCAUUGUCUUUGACACUGAGGCUUCACAUGACAUUCUGAAAGUGUGGGAUGGACCAGUAGAAAGCGAUAUGCUGCUGAAGGAGUGGAGUGGUUCCUCACUGCCUGAUGACAUCUACAGCACAUAUAACUCUAUGACACUUCAGUUCGACACUGAUUUCUUUAUCAGCAAAUCAGGCUUCUCGAUACAGUUUUCAACUUCAACAGCCACGACCUGCAAUGAUGCUGGAAUUCCGCAGAAUGGAACCCGGAGUGGGGACAGCAGAGAGCCUGGAGAUACAGUGACUUUUCAGUGUGAUCCAGGUUAUCAGUUGCAAGGAACUGCUAAAAUUAUGUGUGUGCAGGUGGAUAAUAGAUUCUUCUGGCAACCUGAUCCUCCAAUAUGUACAGCUGCCUGUGGUGGUAAUCUGACAGGCCCUGCGGGUGUCAUUUUAUCGCCUAACUACCCUCAACCUUAUCCUCAUGGGAAAGAAUGUGACUGGAGAAUUAAAGUCAAUCCAGAUUAUGUCAUAGCGCUGAUUUUUAAAAGUUUCCACAUGGAGCCAAGCUAUGACUUCCUUCAUAUCUAUGAAGGUGAAGAUUCCAACAGCCCUCUAAUUGGCAGCUUUCAAGGAACACAGUCACCUGAGAGAAUAGAGAGUAGUGGUAAUAGCCUUUUUCUGGCCUUUCGAAGUGAUGCAUCUGUCAGCAUGGCAGGAUUUGCCAUUGAUUACAAAGAGAAACCUCGAGAGGCUUGUUUUGAUCCUGGAAACAUAAUGAAUGGGACACGCAUUGGCUUCGAUUUUAAGCUCAGUUCCACUGUUACCUAUCAUUGUGAUCCUGGCUACCAGUUAGCAAAUGUUGCUACGAUCACUUGCAUUUUUGGGGAAGAUGGGAAGCCGGCCUGGAAUAGGGCUCUACCUUCUUGCCAUGCCCCAUGUGGUGGACAACACACUGGAUCUCAAGGAGUGGUUCUUUCCCCUAAUUAUCCUCACAAUUAUACAAGUGGCCAGACAUGUUUGUACUCCAUCACAGUGCCUAAGGAGUUUGUGGUUUUUGGACAGUUUGCACAUUUUCAGACAGCACUCAAUGAUGUCGUGGAGCUGUUUGAUGGACACAGCCAGCAAGCCAGGCUUCUCGGUUCACUUUCAGGAUCACACUCCGGAGAGACCCUGCCUCUGGCCACAUCAAACCAGAUAUUACUCAGGUUCAGCGCUAAGAGUGGAGCAUCAUCCAGGGGUUUCCACUUUGUUUAUCAAGCUGUUCCUCGUACUAGUGCCACCCAGUGCAGCUCUGUUCCCGAGCCCAGGUAUGGCCGAAGAAUAGGUUCUGAGUUUUCUGCAGGUUCUAUUGUUCGUUUUGAAUGCAAUGCUGGAUAUCACCUCCAAGGCUCAAAGGCUAUUCGAUGUCAGGCUGUGCCUAAUGGGUUGGCACAGUGGAAUGAUACAAUACCAAGCUGUGUAGUACCUUGCCAUGGAAAUCUGACGGAACGUAGAGGCACCAUCCUUUCACCAGGUUACCCAGAGCCAUAUGGUAACAGCUUGAACUGUGUCUGGAAAAUCACGGUAACUGAGGGAGCAGGUAUACAGAUUCAAGUGAUAACCUUUGCCACUGAGCAUAACUGGGACUCCUUAGAAAUAUAUGACGGUGGAGAUGCAACUGCACCAAGACUUGGGAGCUUCUCAGGUACCACAGUCCCUGCCUUGUUGAACAGCACCUCCAAUCAGCUCUACCUGCAUUUUCAUUCUGACAUCAGUGUGGCAGCAGCUGGCUAUCACUUGGAAUACAAAACUGUCGGUCUUACAACCUGCCCUGAUCCAGUGGUUCCUAGCAAUGGAAUAAAGAUUGGAGAUAGAUAUUUGGUUAAUGAUGUGGUGUCUUUUAGCUGUGAAUCUGGCUACUCAUUGCAAGGACAAGCUCAUGUCUCAUGUAUGCCGGGAACUGUUCGCCGUUGGAAUUACCCAUCUCCAAUCUGCAUUGCUAAAUGUGGAGGAAUACUGACAGACAUGAACAACAUGAUCCUGAGUCCUGGAUUUCCUGGAAAUUACCCAAGCAACAUGGAUUGCUCAUGGAAGAUUUUAUUACCCAUUGGAUAUGGUGCAGUCAUUCAGUUUCUGAAUUUUUCGACUGAAGCCAAUCAUGAUUUCUUGGAGAUUCGAAAUGGACCACAUUACGCUAGUUCUUUAAUUGGACGGUUCAGUGGGACAGAACUCCCACCAAUGCUACUCAGUACUACCCAUGACACCAUCAUCAACUUCUACAGUGAUCAUUCUGAGAACAAGCAAGGAUUCAAACUUACCUACCAAGCUUAUGAGCUUCAAAGCUGCCCUGAUCCACGACCAUUUCAGAAUGGAUUUAUCAUCAAUUCUGACUAUAGUGUGGGUCAGUCUAUAUCAUUUGAAUGCUACCCUGGUUACAUUCUGAUUGGGGAGCAUGUUCUCACAUGUCAUCAUGGGAUCAACAGGAACUGGAACCAUCCAUUCCCAAAAUGUGAAGCACCCUGUAACCUCAACAUAACAUCUCGAAAUGGUACGAUCUACUCUCCUGGGUUUCCAAAUGAAUACCCAAAUUCAAAGGAUUGUAGUUGGCUCAUUACAGUACCUCCAGGACAUGGGGUUUACAUUAACUUCACGCUGCUACAGACUGAACCAGUGAACGACUACAUCGCUGUAUGGGAUGGGCCUGACCAGACUGCUCCACAGCUAGGCAUUUUCAGUGGCAACACAGCUCUGGAAUCAGCUUACAGCACCAGCAAUCAGGUUCUUAUCAAGUUCCACAGUGACUUCUCCGGAGGGGGAUUCUUUGUCCUCAAUUUUCACGCUUACUGGCUUAAAAAGUGUCAGCAGCCCCCAGUUGUUCCUAUGGCUGCAAUACUGACUGAGGAUGAAGACUAUGAAAUAGGUGAUAUUGUCAGAUAUCAGUGUCCCCCUGGAUUCACACUUGUUGGCAGUGAGCUCGUGACUUGCAGGCUAUCAACACAAUUGCAAUUUGAAGGGACACUUCCAUCUUGUGAAGCACAGUGUCCUGCAAAUGAAAUUCGUAGAGCCUCAUCAGGAGUCAUAUUAAGCCCAGGAUAUCCAGAAAAUUACCCGAAUCUCCAAACUUGUUCCUGGACAAUUCGAGUGGAACCCCUGCACAAUAUUACUGUUUUCGUGGAGAUGUUUCAAAGUGAAAAACAGUUUGAUGAGCUGAGUAUAUUUGAUGGGCCGACAGGUCAAAAUCGACUGCUGGUUGCUCUAAGUGGAAAUCACACUGGACGAAGAAAUUUUACAAGCACGGGAAGACACUUGUAUUUACGUUGGUCAACAGAUCAUGCAACAAGCAAAAGGGGAUUCAAAAUCCGGUAUUCAGCUUCCUACUGCAGCUUGAACAGUGUCCCUUUGAAUGGCGGAGUACUGAAUAAGACGGUCGGCGCUUUAAACAGUGUGUUGCAGUUUUACUGUAAAGCUGGGUAUCGGCUGGUGGGCCAAAAUAAUGCCACGUGUAGGAGGUCCCCUAAUGGCAUGUAUCAGUGGGAUGCUGCGGUUCCACUCUGUCAAGCAAUCAGUUGUGGUAUUCCUAAAACCCCUGGAAAUGGCUCAGUCUUUGGCAGAGAUUACAGUGUGGGCAGCAAGGCCAACUAUCAGUGCAAUGAAGGUUUCACACUGGAGUCCAGUCAACAAGCAGUAGCAAUCUGCAGAGAAGAUGGAAUAUGGAGCAAUAAUUGGAAGACUCCACAUUGUAAACCUGUGUCGUGUCCCCCUAUUGAAACAGUUCUUUCAAAAGAAGUGGUCAAGCGGCUCGUUCAUGGGUCAUUGAAUGAAUAUGGAAGCAAAGUCAUGCUAAGCUGUAAACCUGGUUAUUACUUGAGAGGCAACAAGGUCAUACAGUGUCAGGCAAAUGGCACGUGGAGUGGAUCCAAUGAGAAAGCAAGUUGCAAAAUUGUCUCAUGUGGAGAUCUCCCUUCCCCACCAAAUGGCAACAAGAUUGGAACACUCCAGACAUAUGGGGCAACUGCAAUCUUUACUUGUAACACUGGGUACACAUUAGCUGGAUCUCAUGUUCGAGAGUGUCAAGUAAAUGGUCUGUGGAGUGGAGUGGAAACCAGAUGCUUGGCCGGUCACUGUGGUUCUCCAGAUCCAAUUGUAAAUGGCCACAUCAGUGGAGAUGGGUUUAGUUAUCGUGACACAGUUGUCUAUCAGUGUAAUCCAGGUUUCCGUCUUGUUGGUUCUUCAGUGAGAAUUUGCCAACAGGACCACAAUUGGUCAGGACAACCAGCAGUCUGUGUCUCGAUCACAUGUGGUCACCCCGGCAAUCCAGGUCACGGCAAAACCAAUGGCAGUCAGUUCAAUCUGAAUGAUGUGGUUAACUUUACUUGUAAUUUGGGAUAUUCACUGCAUGGUGCGAUGAGAGCUCAGUGCCGUGCUACAGGCCAAUGGAGCAGCCCAUUGCCAACUUGUCGAGGUUUAAGUGUGGCCGGCCAGGUGCCUUCAGCUGCUGAAGGGAGCCGAGGACUGCUUCAGGGAGAAGUGAUAAACUGUACAGACCCUGGUUUUGUGGAAAAUGCCAUUCGCCUAGGACAAGAAGAUUACCUGCAAAACUUCAAGUUUGGCAGCAGCGUGGUGUACCAGUGUAAAUGGAGCUUCUACCUCCUUGGCUCAGCUGUGCUUACCUGUCAAGCAAAUGGUCUGUGGGACCGAUCACUGCCAAAUUGCUUACCUAUUUCCUGUGGUCAUCCAGAUAUCCCUGCAAAUGGUGAGCUAUUUGGAGACAAGUUUACCUUUGGUUCCCUCGUUCGCUACUCUUGUGUUGGAGCUCGAACUCUGAUUGGAAAUCAUACUCGUAUUUGUCAAGAGGAUGGUCACUGGAGUGGUUCUCUCCCCCAUUGCUCAGGAGACAGUUCUGGGUUAUGUGGUGAUCCCGGUAUCCCAACUCAUGGUUCAAGAGUAGGCAAUGAAUUCAAGAUAAAAAGUCUUCUGCGUUUUAGCUGUGAAGCUGGUUAUGCUCUCCGAGGUUCAUUGGAACGAUCCUGCAGACCAAAUGGGUCCUGGUCAGGUGUUCAACCAGUUUGUGAAGCUGUAUCAUGUGGAAAUCCUGGCACCCCAGAAAAUGGGAAGAUAGUUUACAGUGAUGGCGUGGUAUUCUCCAGCUCCAUUUCUUAUUCCUGCUGGGAAGGCUAUAAAACGUCUGGGCUAACUACCCGGCAUUGCACUGCUAACGGAACAUGGACUGGAUCAGCUCCUGACUGCACAGUUAUUGAUUGCGGUGACCCAGGCGCUCUCGCUAAUGGUGUCCAUCUGGGAAAUGACUUCACUUAUAAUAAAACAGUGACCUAUCAGUGUAAUCCGGGCUUUCACAUGGAGUCAGCUCUAUCUUCUACACUACGCUGCGUGAAGAAUGGCUCUUGGAAUCAGACCAAGCCAGUUUGUAAAGCUGUCACUUGCACACAGCCACCCCAAGUGCUUCAUGGAAGAGUGCAGGGAUCAGACUUCAGAUGGGGCUCAAGCAUCAGCUACAAUUGUUUGGAAGGGUAUCAGCUUUCCUUGUCUGCUAUUCUAACCUGUGAAGGAAAUGGGGUUUGGAGAGGAGAAGUCCCUCAGUGUUUGCCUGUUUUCUGUGGAGACCCAGGGACUCCAGUGGAAGGGCGAAUUGAAGGAAGAAGUUUCACCUACAAAUCUGAGGUGUACUUCCACUGCCGACCUCCUUUUCUGUUAGUUGGAUCAUCAAGAAGAUUUUGCCAAGCGAAUGGAUUCUGGAGUGGAGUUCAGCCAUCUUGUAUUGAUCCGACGCACACUAUAUGUCCAGAUCCAGGCACCCCUCAUUUUGGAAUGCAGAACAGUUCCCAAGGUUAUGAGGUUGGGAGCACUGUGUUUUUCAAGUGUCGAAAGGGCUACCAUAUUCAAGGCUCUACAACACGUUCUUGUCUUGCCAAUUUGACAUGGAGUGGUGUGCAUCCUGAAUGCAUUCCGCACAGCUGCCGACAGCCUGAAACACCUGCAAACAUGGAUAUGAGAGCCAUUGAACUGCCAAUCAUGGGUUAUACCUUAAUUUACACCUGCCAGCCAGGAUUCUACCUCGCAGGAGGAUCUGAACACCGGGCAUGCAAGAGUGAUGGGAAAUGGUCUGGAAAGCCACCUGUCUGCCGAGCUGGGCCCAAAACAAAUGGCAGAUCAAAAGGCACUGAUUCAGGAGCUCAUAAAACCAAAGCUCCAGUUCCUCCAGACGUAUUUGCUCCAAAUUCUAUAUGGAAGGGCUUCUAUGAAUACCUUGGAAAGAAACAACCAGCAACAUUAACUGUUGAUUAUUUUAAUAUUUCCAAUGGUCGUGUAAAUGUUACAUUCCUUGAGCACAGCAACAUGGCGUUAAAGUUGUCGGGAAUCUAUAAAAAGGAAGAAACCCGACUUUUUUUAAAGGUCUACCAAAUGAAGGGGCCUAUUGAGAUCUUCAUAAGCAAGUUCAGAAAUGAUAACUGGGCUUUGGAUGGUCACGUAUCGGCUGAGCCUGAAGGCAAGACCUUUGUCUACCAAGGAUUUGUCCAAGGCAAAGACUUCCGACAGUUUGGCUUUCAAAGGCAAGGACCACUAGGAGGAGAGCUGGAUAGAGAUAAAUCCAAUAACUACUACAGCACAAACAGUAGUUCUGUGGCAGCUGCAAUCUUGGUACCUUUCUUUGUGCUCAUCUUAUCAGGAUUCGCCUUUUACCUCUACAAACACAGGGCGGUGACUCAUGCUGGGGUACGCUUCCAUAGGCGUCGGCAGCCUUCUAAUACCUUGCCCAAGUGGCCAUUCUUCAUAUAUGAGCCUAGACGAUCAAGGCCCAAAGUACAAUACAAUGGCUACGUUGGCCAUGAGAACACAAAUGGACAGGCUUCAUUUGAAAAUCCCAUGUAUGAUACUAACUUGAAACCCACUGAGGCAAAGGCUGUGCGAUUUGACACAACACUGAACACUGUGUGUACGGUAGUAUAGCCCUCAGUUUGACUACUGACUAACUGAUAUUAGCCAUACCUCUACCUGGCAAGCAGUAACUCCUUUGGUGCCAUAUACCACGUCGCUCUGUCCCACUGCUUGCUUUGCAGUGAUACACUUUUUGACAACUUUCGUUGGGGAAAUACAGUCAAUGGAGUUUUUGCUGGGACAAUAUCCUCAGACAACACAUCAAAGCAAUUUCUUCUGGACUUCUAACACAGGAAGAACCAAAACCAAGUCCUGGAUGGGUUUGAAACUCUCCGCUCUGGCUGUAAUUGGCAGACAUUUCUUCUUUUUUUUGAGUUAUGUAUUCUUCCAAGAAGAGGUGAAAAUGGACAGACGAGGAAUGACAAAACUUGCUCCGUCGCUGACUCUAAGAUGUUUGACAUACAUAAAAUUUACAACUCCCUACAUCACAAAAUAAGGUCACUGUUCUAAAACAGGCAGCAGCUUGGGGAUUAUUUUCAAUUGUUCUAUGGCAAAUUGACUGCACAAUUCUUUGCACUAGCGUGUUAUGAAUGAAUGAGUAGGAUAUUGGCAUCAAACUAGCUACAGGGUUUCUAUACACUGACCAUUGUACAUAAAAAACUUGCUUUAAAGACUUCAGUUUCCAUUGCUGAACAUCACAGAACAUUCUCAGUGCUAACAAUAGGUAUUAGGUGGCUGCAAUAUUAUUUCCUCCAAACUUGGAUUCUUAUAGAGUCAGUUUUUAUUGAUGUCAGGCUUGUGAGUGAGAAAGGUUUCUGAGGGUUUUUAUAGUUCCUUAAUUAAAGAUCAAUUGGAUACUAUUCUUUGAAUUAAGAGCCAAAAAAAAUGGAAUGAGAUGAUUUUUUAACACCAUACAACUUUUCUGAAUCUCCACAGGCUGUAGUUCAGAAAUAUUGUCAGAGAAAUCUAUUCUGUUUUCCAGCUAGCUUAAAUAAACACUGCCUUUUGUAAAUUAUAUUUCACAAAAAAAACUUAUUUAUUUUCCCAAGAAGAAUGUAAGAAAAGUUGUUGCACACUUUUUGUUUAAAAUAAAAAAAAUACUACAAAUGUUCUGAUAAGGGAGGCAAGGGGUCCUCAGUGGAGUUGGUACAUAGUCAAGUUUGUCAAAUGUGUGUUGAGCCUUGUUUUGAGUUUCUUGGAAACUUUCAGAUCUGCCAUGCCUGUUAUUGUGUUAGACUAAAAUUUAUCCUACCUUCUUUAAAAAAUGUCAGUCAAUUGUGAGACGACAAUAAGACUGAGAAUGAAGGUCAGCCCUCACACCAGGCAGCAACAUUUGACUGCCAUUGAUGGCUACACAAAUAAAAUUCUGUAACUGGUUAGCUACGACUUCCCAAAGAUAACCAUCAAACUGUGAGGCUUACAGAGAAAAAUACUAAAAUUGAUUUUGCCAAAUAAAUAGCAAGUCCUUUGGGCAGAAGCAUGCACAUAGUUGGGUGUGGGAGAGAACAAUGGAAAUUCCUUUGUUUCCUGGUGACAUUUUGUUAAUUCUAAAGAGUGCCUUUACUUGUAACUUCUGUGACUCAGCUUUACCCAAAACAGUUGGUACUGUGCAGAAAGCUGUUGUGAUUUCUUUAAUAUAUCUGGCAUACAGCCUAAAGGAUAAACUCUCAUUCACAGCUAUGGUGUAGAAAAACUACCUUUGAGAAAAAUUCACUUUGUGUGGUUAGCGGCAGCUUUACCAAGUCUUCAAAAUAAGUUCUAUCAAACCACAAAAUUGCAACUCAUGAGGCAUGGAUAAUGCAACACCUUGGGUUUAAAAGCUUUGAGAUUACUGCUGUUGUUAAUUGUUGGUCUUACUGGGUUAAUAUACUAAAAUAGUCAACAGUUGAAUACCAUUUCCCAAGAUUUCCUAUCUAUUUUUCAUCUAAAUGGAGAUGAGACAAACCCCUAUGGAAAUUUUGAUGUUAAAUGUUUAUGUUAUAAUCACCAACAAACUUUUGUCGGUUGUAGUUCGCCACUCACUCUUGUUUAAUCUUUUUUGAGGUUUAAACUCCAAUUGCCAAUCUUAACUUUAGUAAGUGAAUAAUGUUACUGGGAGACGUUAGAAUAAGAUUGUUAUUAUGUCCUUGGAUUAGACAGAGGAAGUUUUUUUUUAAAUAAAAAUGCAUUGUUCCUGGCUAAGAUCUUUGUCAGGAACAAUGGAACUUUAUCAGCAGAGCUUCCUCCAUUUUUCUCUUGUUUUAAAUUCUAUGGUGAGCCUGUACCACAUUUUCAUUAAUGAAUGAAAUGGGCCUGAUUUUUUUCAAUAAUUGCAUUUAGUUUAAACUGCAUAUUGUUCAGUAAUUAUUAACUGAACCAGCGAGGAGUUAAAGGAACCAACAUUUUUGAAGAUGUAUGUGUGUCCUUUAGUCUGAAGAUUUCCCAAAGCUCUGAAACAUCGAUUUUGAGCAACUUCCUUGUUUCAAUUGCCUGUGAUAGCACAUACACAGUCAUGCAUGCAUAGCAUUUGCUUUGUUUCUGUACAUUAGCACAUACUCAUACACAUCCUUGAACAUAACGUGCUCAAUUGUUUCCAAAUAUAAAACUCAGAAGCUUUACAUUUAAGAGAAAGCACAGAAAAUAAGAGUGCAAGCAACAAAAUGCAAGAAUUCCAGUUAAAUUAUAGGAAAAUUCUAUCAUGAAUCUGAAAUAAUUAAACACAUGUACUUAUGUUUAACCUUUUCCACAUUACACUCCAUGAACCUUUAAUGCAAAUUGGCCUUGCUCUGUUUUUCAGUGAUACUGCAUUUAAAAAAGAAAAGAAACAUUAUCAAUCAGAUGGCAAUUUUAGAUUCCCUUUAUACACUUAGUAACACAAAUAAGAAUCUGCUUGGUAUAUAUUACAAGGUACACUGUUAAUGGUGAGAAUAAAGGGCUCAAUUUGCACACUAAAUAAAUUGAGUCCAGGUCAAAGUCAACAGUCCAAUCUAUUUGUUGGUCUGUUUGUGGAUUGUCUCAGGAGGACUUCGUACCGUGAGCAAAAUAUCCAUGUUAAUUCAGUUCAUGGAAAUGAGCCACCUAUUCUUGGAACUGUAGGACAGGAUAUGACAGAAAUCAGAGAGAAAAGAUCAACUUUUCUAGGAUGAUAUCUCAUCAAGGGACAAUAUCACCAAAUAUGUGCCAUAUAAACCCAAAACUUAUGUUCACAAAGAGAAAUUUAUUAAUUCAUUUUCUCAUAAGAAUGCCAGUUUCAUGUUGUCAAAACAACAGUGGCAGGUUUGCUUAAAAUACAGAGUCUGUUUGAAUUCUAAAUUAUAAAAUGUCAAAAGACCUAAAUGCAACAUAAACACUGCACCAUACCACAAUCAUUCACUUGCGCUACUCUUAUAAAACAAAAAUGAUGUUCAGUGUGCAUUUGGAGCACAGAAUUGAAUUAUCUUGUGCUCAGAUUGCAAAAACAUUUUUAAUAAGGAUAUACUUCUUUGGUAGUGCAGAUUGUUGUAAGUUCUCCAUUAUACAGCUGAAACUUGGCUGCUGCCUUCUCCUAGAGAUAUACACCAUGGGUUCACUUCAAAGAAGAAUCACUUUUUGAGAUGAUUACCUCCCAACAAAUGAGGUGAAAGAAGACACCGAACUUUAACGAAUUAAUAGUGAAUAUAUAUUGGAUGGUCUUGUGGAAAAAUUAAUUUUUCAGUGGUCACGCCUUAGGAAGUUGAUGGGCUAACUCCUUAAACAACAGCAGUACAUAUGGUUUUUGAACAUCCACAGUGCUACGAGGGAGGGUGUUUCAGAAUUUUGUCCCAAUGACAAAGGAAGAACAAUGAUAUAUUUCCACACAGGAAGGCAUGUUUUGCUUGGAGUGGUAGUUUUAGAUGGUGUCACUAUUUUGCUGUUAACCUUGUCUUUCCAGGUGGUAGAAAUCAAGUGUUGACCCAUCUGAAUCCUUGAUAUUCUUACCUGAUGCUGUUGAACAUAUCAGGCAGUACUGAUGUCAGGAACGGGGGUACAUUAGCCUGUGACAUUUAUGGCUGGCAGUAUGGGCAUUGGGUAUUGCAACCUAUUCCCUUUUGUAAGGGUGGGAAGGAGAGAUCCAAUUUCCUUUCCAUGAGGGGCCCCAGAUGGGGUUGUAAGAUUAUCCUGAAAUGUCGGAGAAGUGAAGUUGAAUCUCCAGGCCAUCGCUGCAAACAGUACUGCAGAAAAAAAAUGAAUCAUUGGUGGUAUUUAAACAUUCUUAAAAUUCUCCUCAGUUUUACCGAACAAAUGAAGAGUUUUAAACUCACAGGGUAAAAAGCUUUUUGACUCUGUAGGGCAAAGGAGAUUUGUGGUCAUUUAAUAUAGAACCGACAGAAAUAGAUCCAACCAGAGGUGGAAAUUGUACUUCAAGGUUAUAAGAUUAAUAUUCAACGCCAUGAGGAGGGCCAAUACUCAAUCUCGCACUCAAAACAAAAUCUUUCAAAUUCUCAUUCCUACCUCCGGUCACAAUGUCACAAUCUGCAUUAUGAGUAAAAAUUAGCUCCCAAGUUGCAUGAUGAAAAAUAUUGAGGGCACAGCUUCUUUGAGCGUAAUGAAGAGUUCAAAUACAAGCUACUGGGGAAUGUUGGAAAAAGGGUCAAUUUAAAUAUAAGCUGAACCUUCACCCAGAGAAGACUUUCUGAGACAGGACCAUGUACUUCUUGUGUUGUAAGCUGCUGCUUAUCUUACAAGUUUUGCCUUUAUUCAGGCUGGUUGCAAUAAUGUUUUCUGUGUAAAAUAUUUUGUAAAGAAAAACUAAAAAGAUGCUGUAAAAAUGCCUAUUAAUCAUUUCAGUGGCAUCACAUCAACGGCAUUAUCAUUAUACCAUUUCACUCCUUGCUGUUGACUUGAAGUAGGUGCAAAGGAUCCUUUUGUACAGAGAUAUAUUUUUAAUGAAGAAUUUGUAAAAUUAUUAAAUAUGCCAAACCUUUUUCAGUAUUGUAGGUAAAAAGGUGUUAAAAUAAAUGUGUUUUUUACUAUGUAAAAGAAGUAAUUUCCCUAUACUGUAAAAAAGAAAUCUUGUUUAAAGAGUAGCAUCUAUAGCCAGUUUUAAAUUUUUGAUUUUAUUGCACAUGAAAAUUAUCAUUACAGUGGCCUGUUACAAUGACCAGUAUUCCCUUUUUACCAUUAAAAUCUGUGAUAGAAGAUUGUAUUAUAGCCUGUGCAAUGCUGCCCACAUUUGAAGCUAAUUUAAAACUCUAAUUAAAUAUU